AUGAGAAGACGCAUACAAACAAUACAAAAAAACCACAACAUAUCAUCUACAUCAGAGACUCCGAAACAAACUCCGAUGGACGAACCAUCAAGCGAUACAGGACAAAGCGACGAAAGGCAUAAAAAACAAAAAACGAGCAGAUAA